GCCAGUCUGGAAGUUUUGCCUUCCUGUCACCCUCAGGCAAAGGAAAGAUUUAGAAAGUCGCCAGAGGAUAUUUUUUGCAGGAGUGGUCACUCUCUAAAUCUAGGCAAGGAAGGGGAGGAGUCCGAGCCGGGUCCCGCCUCUUCUCCAGUAAAGUCCCACUCCAGCUCUGGAGGCUCGAGUUCCGAGGACUGGGAGCCGCUGCGCGCCCCCGACUUUCCCCCAUGGCUUCGGUGACUAGAGCCGUGUUUGGAGACCUGCCCUCAGGGGCAGGGACAGUGGAGAAGUUCCAGCUGCAGUCAGACCUGCUGAAAGUGGACAUCAUCUCCUGGGGCUGCACCAUUACGGCCCUGGAGGUCAAAGACAGGCAGGGCAGGGCGUCAGAUGUGGUGCUCGGCUUUGCAGAGUUGGAAGGUUACCUCCAAAAGCAGCCCUACUUCGGAGCCGUGGUUGGCCGGGUGGCCAACCGAAUUGCCAAAGGAACAUUCACAUUGGAUGGGAAGGAGUAUAAGCUGCCCAUUAACAAUGGACCCAACAGUCUGCAUGGAGGAGUCAGAGGGUUUGAUAAGGUCCUCUGGACCCCUCAGGUGCUGUCAAAUGGCGUCCAGUUCUCGAGGGUCAGUCCAGAUGGUGAGGAAGGCUACCCUGGGGAGUUGAAAGUCUGGGUGACGUACACGCUGGAUGGUGGGGAGCUUAUGAUCAACUACCGAGCCCAGGCCAGUCGGACCACACCCGUCAAUCUGACCAACCAUUCUUAUUUCAACCUGGCAGGCCAGGGUUCUCCAAACAUAUACGAUCACGAAAUCACUAUAGAAGCUGAUGCCUUUUUGCCCGUGGAUGAAACCCUGAUUCCUACAGGAGAAGUUGCUCCAGUGCAAGGAACUGCCUUUGACCUGAGGAAGCCAGUGGAGCUUGGAAAACACCUGCAGGAGUUCUGUAUCAAUGGCUUUGACCACAAUUUCUGUCUGAAGGGCUCUAAAGAAAAGCACUUUUGUGCACGGGUCCGUCAUGCCGGCAGCGGGCGGGUGCUGGAGGUGUACACCACCCAGCCUGGGGUCCAGUUCUACACGGGCAACUUCCUGGACGGAACGCUGCAGGGCAAGAGGGGAGCCGUCUAUCCCAAGCACUCUGGUUUCUGCCUGGAGACCCAGAACUGGCCUGAUGCUGUCAACCAGCCCCACUUCCCUCCUGUGCUGCUGAGGCCCGGGGAGGAGUAUGACCACACCACUUGGUUCAAGUUUUCUGUGGCUUAAGCGUAAAGACAUGACCUCUUCCAGGGCCAGGCCGGGAGCCCCUUCAGCAGCCUGUCUCCUGCCCAGAGAGGAGAUGAAGACUUAGAGGCUUUCAAAGUGAUCCUGCGAAUUAAAACCAUGUAAAGGGUAGCUUCAUAGUAAUGAGUCUGAGUAUUGAUUUCCUUUCCCGGUGACUGGCUCCAGGUCGGGGCAAAGGAGCAGCUCUCUCCUCUGUGUGGUUAAGAGGACCCACCCAUUAAUGUCAUCUCUUGAGCCCCAGCCCUAGCCCAGAAGAGGUACCCACACCCCUUGUACUGGGUUGGCUCUGUCUCUCCACGCUGUUGCCGCCUUCUGCUUUUUACCCUUUCUUUGAUCCUACCCUUUCCUCUUGUUGUCCUCCUCCUCUACCUCCUCAAACCACCUCCCUCCUGUGCAGUACUGUGGCCUUUUCGGUCUCUGAGCUCCUGUACCAUGCUGGCAGAGGGGCCUGUCUGCCCUGGGAAGGCUGGAGAUGCCUGAGAGGGAGGGAGCUGGGGCUUCUGGAGGGUAAACGGCCCUGGGAAAAAACACAAGGCUGGGGGGCGCCUGGCGGCUCAGUGGGUUAAGCCUCUGCCUUCAGCUCAGCUCAGGUCAUGAUUCCAGGGUCCUGGGAUUGAACCCCACA